UUGCCGAGGGUUCAUGUGAACGAAGUCUCACAGAUUUCCAUUUAACGCUUGAGAACAAUUUUAUAGGCCAACCAGCUGCUGGUAUACUAGGGUCUUUUUGUUACUGCCUAAAGAGACAAAUCUUUCUUUCUUUGUGUCUUUUUUGUCUGAGUAAUGGCGCCUGUAAGAUGUCUACCUUACAUGUCACCAGGAUGGCGAUCAUUUUGUGGAGUACGACGUCGCAUACGAUCGCUUCUGUUGCUGCUUCUUGCGGUUAACAUGGUAGGUGGUCAGAUUCGGUAUUCUAUACCUGAGGAGAUGAAGAAAGGCUCUGUUAUCGGUAAUGUGGCGCAGGAUCUUGGCUUGGAUCUGAAAAGGCUCCGCUCAGGGCGGGCCCGUAUCGUAACCGGAGAAAACGUUCACUACACCGAGCUGCAGAAAGACAAAGGGAUUCUGGUCGUGAAUGAGAGAAUAGAUCGAGAGCAGCUUUGUGGGGACGUAACGCCGUGUAGUUUCAGCUUCGAAAUGAUUUUGGAAAACCCGAUGGAACUACACAGAAUAACUGUCGAGGUUUUGGAUAUAAAUGAUCACGCACCUGUCUUCCCAAACAAAGAUAAACCCAUCAGUUUUGAAAUAAGCGAAUCAGCUGCAGUUGGAGUGCGUUUUCCUCUCCAGAGCGCGGAGGAUCUAGAUGUAGGCCAAAGCGCUCUGCAAAAUUAUAUUCUGUCCCCAAACGACAAUUUUAUAUUAAAACAACAUUCAAAUCCAGAUGGUGGUAAAUAUGUUGAAAUGGUGCUCCAGAAACCUUUAGACAGAGAGCGACACCCGCAUUUCUCUUUGAAAUUAAUCGCAAUUGAUGGAGGAACACCGCAGAGAUCUGGUACAGUAAAUAUAGAUGUGACUGUGUUAGACGCCAACGACAAUAUUCCAGUUUUUAAUCAAUCAGUGUACAAAGCGUCUGUUUUGGAAAACACAAAAACAGGGACUAGUAUCAUUACAGUAAAUGCCACAGACGCAGACAGUGGAUUAUAUGGACACAUUACAUACGGUUUGUCCAAAAUGAAAGAAAGUGUAGCAGAAAUAUUUACGAUUGAUGAAAACACUGGAACAAUUUACGUGUCUGGUCAGAUAGAUUAUGAAAAAUACCGAAAAUACGAGUUGAGGGUAGAGGCAAAGGAUCAUGGUGGACUAACUGGGACAAGUAAAGUUAUAUUUGAUGUUAUUGAUGUUAAUGAUAAUGCUCCUAUUAUAAAUGUAAUGUCAUUUUCUAGUCCCCUGUCAGAGGAUGCAACUCCCGGGACAACUAUUGCAAUCUUGAAUAUAAAAGACACAGAUUCUGAGAGAAAUGGGCAAAUUAAAUGUUCGAUUGAUGGUAAACUUCCCUUUAAAAUCGAAUCAUCUCUGACAAAUUAUUACAAUUUGGUCUCAGAUCAACACUUUGACAGAGAAUCCGUCUCAGAAUAUAACAUAACAAUUACAGCCACCGAUUUUGGGUCUCCCCCUCUGUCUAGUUCAACAAAAUUGCAUCUAAAAAUCUCUGACGUCAACGACAACGCACCAUUAUUUGAUAAAAACAGCUAUACUGCUUAUAUCACAGAGAAUAACUCUCCUGGAUUUUCCAUAUUUACUGUGAGUGCGCGGGACUCUGAUUGGAAUCAAAACGCUAGAAUCUCAUAUCUUUUAGAGGAAAAACAGAUCAGUGGGAGUCCAGUUUCUACUUAUGUGUCUUUAAACUCUGAAACUGGAGUUCUUAGCGCGGUUCGCACCUUUGAUUAUGAGCAAAUCAAACAGUUUGAGUUAGUAAUUAAAGCACAAGAUGGAGGCUCUCCUCCACUCAGUAGCAACGUGACUGUGAAAAUAAUGAUCCAAGACCAGAACGACAACCCCCCUCAGGUUCUGUACCCAGUCCAGACUGGUGGCUCUCUGGUGGCUGAAAUGGUGCCACGUUCAGCAGAUGUGGGCUAUCUGGUGACUAAAGUGGUGGCUGUUGAUGUGGACUCUGGACAGAAUGCCUGGCUCUCCUAUAAACUGCAGAAAGCCACAGACAGGGCCCUGUUUGAAGUGGGCUUACAGAAUGGAGAAAUCAGAACUAUCCGCCAAGUCACUGAUAAAGAUGCUGUCAAACAAAGACUGACUGUUAUAGUGGAGGACAAUGGACAGCCCUCUCGUUCAGCUACAGUCAUUGUUAACGUGGCGGUGGCAGACAGCUUCCCUGAAGUGCUGUCGGAGUUCACUGAGUUGACACACGACAAGGAGUACAAUGACAACCUGACUUUUUACUUAGUCUUGGCUCUGGCUGUGGUUUCCUUCCUCUUCAUCACGUGUUUAGUGGUUAUUAUAUCAGUCAAAAUCUACAGGUGGAGACAGUCUCGCAUCUUGUAUCACUCCAGCCUGCCUGUCAUUCCAUAUUAUCCACCACGUUACUCAGACACUUUGGGGACAGGGACUCUGCCACAUGUGUACAAUUACGAGGUGUGCAGGACGACUGACUCCAGAAAGAGUGACUGUAAGUUCGGCAGAGCUGGUAGUCAGAACGUGCUGAUAAUGGACCCCAGCUCUACAGGAACGAUGCAGCGGAUACAGAGUGAAAAGAGCAUCCUGGAUGAACCAGACUCUCCUCUAGAGUUCAUCCCACCAGUAAUCAUGCAGUGA